ACCCCCCGAUUGCCCAACCGAUAGUUGCGAUGGGAGUUAUCGAAAGAGCUAUGUAAAUUUACAACUUUUUAUUAUAGUUUUUAUCAAAUAAAUGCAAAAUGGACAUCUGCCGCCUCUGCUUGCGCGGCGUGAGCGGCGCCCAGAUGUGUCUGCAGAUCUUCGACAUGGACGCCGCGGAGAACAAGGUGGCGGAGGUGCUGCGCCAGCAUUUCUGGUUCGAGGUUCUGCCCAACGACGAGAUAUCCAAGGUCAUCUGCAACGUCUGCUGGACACAGGUGUCCGAGUUCCACCAGUUCUACGUGUCCAUACAGGAGGCCCAGGUGAUCUACGCCACCACCGCCAAGUUCAAGCAGGAUCCGGAGAUGGUCAACACCUCCUGGCCGGAGGAGGUGCUCAUGCCGGCAGACGUCCUGGCGGUGGACAACGAUGUGGGCGCCCAGCUGAAUGUGAAUCCCCUGGACGAGCUCGAUCUCGGCCAGGCGAUGUCGCCCGAGGACAGCAAGGUGGGCAUCAAGACGGAGCGCCAGUCGCCCGACCUCGAAUUUGCCUUCGAGGACACCAACAAUGAGCACGACGAGGACUACGAGGAGGACGAGGAGGAGGCGGAGGAGGAGGACGAGGACACCGACGACCUGAUUGUGACCCGCAGCGGACGCAAGCGGAAAGCACAGGUGGUGGUCAAGCCGGCCAAGACGAAACGCGGACCGGGCAGAAAGAGCAAACAGGAGGGCAAGAUCACCGCGAAACGGGGGCCGCCCAAGAGAAUCUUCAAGAUGGAGCGCCUGCCGCCGUUCUGCAAGGAGGACGAGGAGCUGAUCAAGCGCUACAUAGUCAUGGGCUGCGAGCUGUGCAUAUUCCUGGCCGAGGACUUUGACGGCAUACGCGAGCACUUCAAGGAAAAGCACCCGGAGGAGCGGCCGUACAUUAAGUGCUGCGGCCGCAAGCUCAACAAGCGCUGUCUCAUCCAGGAGCAUGCGAGGCGGCACGAGAAUCCCGAAUACAUCAAAUGCAAGGACUGCGGCAAGGUGUUUGCCAACUCGAGCGUUUUGCGCGCCCACUGGCUGGUCCACCAUGUGCCCGACGAGGAGUGCGACUUCCAGUGCGAGGACUGCGGCAAGCGCUUUUCGCGGCGCAACCUGCUCGAGCUGCACAAGGGCUCCCAUGUGCCGGUCAACGAGCGCAAGUUCAUCUGUCCCCAGUGCCCCAAACACAAUGCUUUCGCCACCGAGUACCACAUGCAGGUGCACAUCAGCAUGCAGCACCGCAAGGCCGCCAAUAUCUGCCAUGUCUGCGGCAAGAAGAUCAAGGACAAGGCCGUCUUCGAGAAGCACGUUCGCCUGCACUUCGAGGAGAGCGGCCCGAGGAUCAAGUGCCCGCGGCCCGACUGCGAGAGCUGGCUGAAGGACGAGGACAAUCUCAAGCAGCAUCUGAGGCGCCACAACGACGAGGGCAAGCUUUUCAUUUGCUCGGAAUGCGGCAAGAGCUGCAAGAACUCCCGCGCGCUGAUCGGCCACAAGCGCUACUCGCACUCGAAUGUCAUCUACACCUGCGAACAGUGCGGCAAAACCUUCAAGAAGGACAUCAGCCUUAAGGAGCACAUGGCCCAGCACACUGGCGAGCCACUCUACAAAUGUCCCUUCUGUCCCCGCACCUUCAACUCGAACGCCAACAUGCACUCGCACAAGAAGAAAAUGCAUCCUGUGGAGUGGGACAUCUGGCGCAAGACCAAGACGGGCAGCUCCCAGAAGGUCCUGCCCAGCGCCCAGGUUGCCCAGAUGUUCCGGGACGAUGCCGAUGCCGCAGCUAUUGCCAAUGACUACUCAGCUUAGGAAGUCGAUCCGCGGAACCAUUGCUUAGUUUUUGAUUAACCCUUGUUUGAAAACAAAAUAUAUAUAAUAGGAAUUAUUUGAAAGU